AUGGCCGAAACCCUUCAAAUGCUCAAAGACCAUUUCAUUCCACCCGCUCCCGAGCCUACACCCGCCCCUUCUAAGGGUGUGAUGAAGUUCUCUGUUACCAGUAAAAGUCUCACCAAGAACUCCUCUAUUGCAGAUGUGACAACAAAAUUCUUCGUCGAUAACUAUCCAGCUGGUUUUGCUCUAGAUAAGGAAAGCGACCUGUGGAAGGAUCUGGGUAAAGACCAACACAAGAAACUCUGUAAUCAAUUCGCUGCGAUAAAAUGUGCUGUUAGAAUGAUGCUCAUGCAUGCCGAUUCGUUUCCCCUUAAUCCCGACAAGUGUUCUAUUGAAAGCAUGGCAAAGCUAGCAGAGGAAAAGAUCCAAAACGACUUUGGAUUCACCAAGACUGAAACCAUUACCGUCUACAAGGUUCAAAAGCACUCCAAGACAAAGCAACUCCAGGUCACACUCAAGUUUCCGGCUAGCACCACGGAGCUGGUACGCAAUUAUUUUAAGAAUGAAUAG